GAGUCUGAGCACGAUUUUGUGAGCAGUUGCAGUCGGGAUUCCAAGUGAUUUGGGUGCGAUCUCCGCGUUCAUUUGCCUUCCAAGUUGGUGAUCUUCAGUGAACAGCAUCAAAAUCAGCCUCUUCCCAGUGGAUUUAGGGAAGUCUCCCGCACCAUUUGGAUACUAUUUCACUGUCAACAUCAUCACCGGAAGUGAUUGAGUAUGGAAGGGAGUGUGUGAGAGUCUUGUGUCUUGUGUCUCUCAGUCAGGCCCAAAAUACCCAAUGGAGAAGUGAUCGUGAUCGUUGUGAGUCAUAAAUUGUGGAUGUUGAAUUGUGAAGACCCUCAGACAGGAUCAUGAAGAACAUCGUGCUUUGUGCCAUAAUUGUGGCCGUGACGUUACACGUGGAUGCCACCCCGGAAAAUAAACACUAUAUGCCAGCCCUAGACUGCUACGACGCCUACAGACGACCUCAGAGAUGCAUCCCGGAAUUUGAAAAUGCAGCUUACGAUCUUCGAAUAGAUGCAACCAAUACCUGUGGAGAGGACAGGGAUACUGACUUCUGUGUUCAGACAGGAUAUUCCAAUAAGAAAAGUUGUGAUACUUGCAGGGCUGGAGAUCAUGGAGCAAGGUAUUUGACGGAUAUCCAUGAUCCCAAUGAUCCUACUUGGUGGCAAUCAGAAACGAUGUUUGAAGGGGUUCAGUAUCCCAAUCAAGUCAAUCUAACACUCAACUUAGCUAAAUCCUUCGAUAUUACUUACAUCCGAGUUGUGUUCUACUCACCACGUCCUGAAUCUUUCUCAAUCUACAAGAGAAUCGUUCCUAAUGGUCCUUGGCUCCCCUAUCAGCAUUAUAGUGCAACAUGUCGGGAUACAUACGGUCUUCCGGAUUCAUUGGCCGUGAAGAAGGGCGAAGAUGAGUCAAGAGUACUCUGUAUGAGUGAUUACAGUGAUAUCUCCCCAUUGAGGGAUGGAACAGUGGUAUUCUCAUCCUUGGAAGGACGUCCUAGUGCCAUAAAUUUCGAGAAUAGCAUUGAACUACAGAAUUGGGUCACUGCUACAGAUAUUCGGAUCACGCUUGAUCGUCUGAAUACUUUUGGUGAUGAAGUGUUUGGAGAUGCCCAAGUGCUCAAGUCCUACUUCUAUGCCAUCGCGGAUAUUGCUGUUGGUGCGAGGUGCAAAUGCAAUGGACACGCCAGCAAGUGUGUCACGAGUACAGGACUCAAUGGGCAGAGAACAAGAGUCUGCGAAUGCAAGCACAAUACUGACGGACCAGAUUGCGAACGGUGCCUUCCGUACUUCAACGACGUCCCAUGGGGCAGGGCUACAUCAAAGAAUGUCCACGAGUGUAAAGAGUGCAACUGCAAUGGGUACUCCAACAAAUGCUUCUUUGACCGACAUCUGUACAAUCAAACUGGCCAUGGAGGACACUGUCUGGACUGUGCUGCGAACCGUGAUGGACCUAACUGCGAACGGUGCAAGGAAAACUUCUACAUGCGAGAGGAUGGCUAUUGCAUCAACUGUGCUUGCGAUACAACAGGCUCCAGGUCACUUCAGUGCAAUGCCGAAGGCCGAUGCCAGUGCAAGCCCGGUGUCACAGGAGACAAAUGUGAUCGCUGUGAAGCCAACUACUACAACUUCGGACCACAUGGAUGUCAACACUGUGGAUGUGAACCCAAGGGAUCCCUAGACAAUACACCAUCUUGCGAUCCAGUAACUGGAGCUUGUCUCUGCAAAGAAAAUGUUGAAGGAAGGAGAUGCAGAGAAUGUAAGCCGGGUUUCUUCAACUUGGAUCUGGAAAAUAAAUUCGGAUGCACUCCAUGCUUCUGCUACGGACACACCAGUGAAUGUCAGAGUGCUAAUGGAUACUCAAUUGUAUCCCUGACAUCCAACUUCAACAAACAUCUUGAGAGAUGGAUGGCUGUGGAUGAUCGAAAUACCUUGGUAGAUCUGAAGUAUAACAAAUUCAGCCAGAGUGUGGGAAUCACAGCUCAAGGACAUGAAUUCAUUUACUUCUCUGCUCCUGAACGUUUCCUUGGCGAUCAAAGGGCUUCCUACAAUCGAUUGCUGAAGUUCAGAUUGCAAACUAUUGGUCAGUCUGGACCAAAUCCUUCACCACAUGAUGUUAUCCUUGAAGGAGCAGGAACCAGUAUUUCCCUGCCAAUCUUUGCACAAGGGCAUUACAUGCCUGAUCAACAGGUGCGAGAAUACGCCUUUAGACUUCAUGAGCAUCCCGAAUAUUCCUGGCAACCAAGUCAAUCAGCUCGUGGCUUCAUGUCAAUUCUGGCAAAUUUAACUGCCAUCAAGAUCCGUGCCUCUUAUGCGGCACUCGGGGAAGCCUAUCUGGAUGAUGUUGAACUACAAACAGCUCAUCGUGGAGCUGCUGGACGCGUAGCUACGUGGAUUGAACAGUGUACUUGCCCUAAAGCCUAUUUGGGACAAUUCUGUGAGUCUUGUGCACCCGGAUACCGCCAUUCGCCAGCCCUUGGAGGUCCAUUUAUGCCCUGCAUCCCCUGUGAUUGCAACAAACAUGCAGAGAUAUGCGAUUCUGAAACUGGAAGGUGCAUUUGCCAACACAAUACAGCUGGAGAUACUUGUGAUCAGUGCGCAAAGGGAUACUACGGAAGUGCUCUUGUAGGAACACCCUACGAUUGUAAAAGAUGCCCUUGCCCUGACAAUGGAGCUUGUAUGCAAAUGGCUGAUGAUUCAGUAAUCUGUCUUGAAUGUCCAGUUGGGUACUUUGGACCACGCUGCGAGUCUUGCUCCGAUGGUUUCUUUGGGGAUCCCACCGGACUCCAUGGUGCCGUUCAGUUCUGCCAGCCGUGUGAUUGCAAUGGAAACGUCGAUCCCAAUGCCGUGGGCAACUGUAAUCGAACAACGGGCGAAUGCCUCAAGUGUAUUCACAACACUGCCGGUACCCACUGUGACCAGUGUCUUCCAGGUCACUUUGGAGAUCCCUUCGCUCUACCACAUGGCAAUUGCAAACAAUGCUCCUGCUAUCCUCCCGGAACAGAACAAACCGACGAUGGUAUUUCUAUGUGUGAUUCCCUCACUGGCAAUUGUCGAUGCAAGCCCAAUGUUGUUGGGAUGAAUUGCAACGAAUGCCAGAACGGAUACUUCAACAUUGUAUCGGGAAAUGGAUGUGAGAGCUGCAAUUGUGAUCCAGUCGGAAGCUACGGUACAGGAUCUAACACAACUUGUGACCGAUUCACUGGACAGUGUCAGUGUAAACCUGGAGUUGUUGGCUUGAGAUGUGAUCAGUGCGCUCCGUAUCACUAUGGAUUCUCAGAGGACGGUUGCCUACCAUGUGAUUGUGACCAGAGUGGAUCCAAGAGCUUCCAGUGCGAUGAAUCUGGACAGUGCCCUUGCAAUGAUAACGUGGAAGGACGCCAAUGCGAUCGCUGUAAAGAGAACAAGUACGAUCGCCACCAAGGAUGUCUCGACUGUCCAUUCUGUUACAAUCUGGUUCAAGAAGCCACCAAUGAUCAUCGCGAAAAAUUAGGAAGCCUCAAAAAGCUUCUCGCCGAGAUUGCAUCAAAACCAACGGUAAUUGACGACGAAGAGUUUGGAUACAAACUUAAAGCUGUCCAGGAAAAGAUAGAUAUUUUAGCUGAGGACGCUAAGGCCGGUGCUGGAGGUGGCGAGCAUACCCUAAGAGAAAGAUUAAAUGACUUCCAUGAUAGACUUGCUUCGAUCAAGUCUGUCUUGGAUAAAGCAGAUGGUUUGCUGGAUAAAUCCCGCAGCGAGGCUGAAGAUGCAAACAGAGACUUUAAAAUCACAGAGAAAACUAUUGAAGAUGCACGAGAUCAACUCAAUGCUGCUCUAGAGCUUCUGCAAACAGAAGGAGCUAGUGCUCUAGCUAGAGCCAAGGAUCGUUCUGAUCAAUUUGGAUCCCAAUCGGAACAAAUCAGUGCAAUCUCUCGCGAAGCACGAGCAAGGGCUGAUGAAUUAGAAGCUAAAGCCAACUUCAAUAGGGACGUCGCUACUGAAGCCAAUGGAAAUGCCACUGAAGCAUAUAAUUUAGCUAGAGAUUCUAUGGCAUUGCUCCAGAACAUCAGCAACGAAUUGAAGACAAAUGUGAAAGCUGAAGUAUUCUUUUCAAAAGACACAGUAGACACAGCCCUAAACAGAACCGGAGAUAUCCAGCGGGAAGCUGAUGAAGUUUAUGAGGAAGCCCUCUCUCUAUUUGCAACGGUAAACUCUCAAUCUCCUCCAGAUGUGAAUAUCGAAAAGAUCAAGAAGCAAGCUAAUAAGAACAAUGAAGAAGCCAGAAAGAUUGAGGAACAGUUGAAUGAAAUCCGGAUGGUUAAUGAAAAACUACUAAUAGAAUUGAAUGAGAACAAUGAUAAGGCUAGGAAUUUGAUUGAAACGGCUGAUGACCAGAAGUUCUAUGCACUGAGACUUCUUGAAGAAGCUAAACAUUCAAACGAAAUGGCCAAGGAAGCUGUAGCUCAAGGAGAUGGAACACUUAAGGAAGCUAAUCACACUUACAACACUCUAGCUGGGUUCCAAUCUGAAGUGGACACAUCUUCAGCUAAUGCAAAAGCUGCUCUGCGAACUGUUCCAGCCAUUGAGAAAGAAAUCCGAGAAGCUGAAAAGAUGGUGCAAGAAGCUGAAGCGGCCCUUGUUGGAGCGCAUUCCAAUGCAAAUGAAGCCAGGGAUAAUGCUCAGAAAGCCAAGGAGAAAUACGCCGAACAGGCUUCAAAGGAUGCUGAUGAGAUUCUGAAGAAAGCAAACGGUACAAAGUUCGAAGCUAGAAAACUCCGUGGAGAAGCAGAUCAACUCAAUGGUAGAGUUACUGUGACAGACAACAGGAUUGGAGAACUUGAGGAUUUGGCCAAGAAAGAUGACAAUAUUACCAUUGAAGCCAAGAAGAGUGUAGGUCAAGCAAAGACAAAUGCCGAGGAGGCUCAAAAGCAAGUUCAAAGUGCAAUGGAUAGGGUCAAGUCGAUCAUGGAUGAAUUGAACAACCUCAAAGAUAUCAAUGUUAAAGAUUUGGAUGCACUGGAAAAGAGACUUGAAGAUGCUGAAGAUGAUCUACGAAAAGCAAAUCUGAGCAAGAGGAUGGAGAAUUUGAGUGAAUAUAAGAACUAUCACAAUCAACUGCUCAAGGAAUAUCAGUCUCAGGUGAAGAUUCUGGAAGCUGAAGUAACCAACAUCAGAUCCAUUGCCGAAGCACUGCCCGAGGGAUGCUUCAAACGUACCCGCCUUGAGCCCUAAAACCCACAUAAGUGUGUACAAUCUCUCAAAAACCCGAUCCUAAAAUUGAUCCUUAGCUACGCAGUCACUAAUGUAGAUUGUUCCCUUUCUUAGUGUUGUUCUCACUGCCACUGAAGUGGUCACGGCAUUUUCCGCUUCUUAUUAUCGUAUUAUGCGCCUUGUGUCUUUUUAUUUUGAUAGAUAAAUUUCUCAUUCUCAAUUAUUAUCUUCUUACCAAAGAAAAUUUCCCGUUUUAGAGACAGAGAGCGAGAGAAAGAGAGAAAGUGAAGAAAAAUGUAAUGGUUUUGUAAUAACAUUCUCUUAAAUAAAAGUUUACCUUUUACGAUUCAAUAAAA